AUGGCAUCGGGCCGACCUUUUGUGUGGGUCGUGAGGAGGAGCGUGCUGGAGGAGGAGCUCGAGCUCGUGUCGUGGCCGAUACUGACAUGGCCGGUAUUCGCAGACGAGAAGUUCAACGUGUUCGUUGGAGAAAAGGGCGGAGGAAGAGUUCAGGUGAAGUCGGGAGUCGCUGUCUGGGAUGAUACCCGAGAUGGCCCCGUUCGACAUCUUCCCGGACUACCGAUUCGCAAACAACUUAGCAUAAACCUCGCCGCAUUCGAUAAGCCUCUCCAGAAACUCAAGUUCGCCGACCUUCUAGAAGCUACACACGACUUCAACGACAAGAACCUUAUCGGUUCGGGCGGUUUUGGCAACAAGUACAAAGUCGAGCUCAAAGACUGGAGUGUGGUCGCGAUCAAGAAACUAAUCCACGUCAGUGGGCAAGGGGAGCGCGAGUUCACGGUCGAGAUGGAGACAAUCGGAAAAUCAAGCAUCGGAGUUUAG